AUGCCACCAAAGGCCGCUAAUGGUGCUGAUUCCAGCACUGCUCUCACUGCAGGCGAGACCACUAUGCUUGCUGCUGUAGUCGCUCAGCUUGGUGAUAUCCCUAAGAUUGACUUUGAAGUCAUUGCACAAAUCUGCGGCAUAAAGUACUCCCGUAACGCUCGCACUUCCUGCAAGAAGCUCUUUGAAAAGAUCAAGGCUGCCCACCCUGAGGUCAAUGUCGUUGCCGGUGGUACAGGCAGUACGGUCUCUGAGGCCGCUGCUGCUGAUGGCUCGGAGGAAAACGAUGGUACCAAUGGCCAAAAGCGUGCUCGUGCUGUUGCUAAGAAGGCUCCGAAGAAGACUGUCGGCAAGACCACAGCUCCAAAGAAGGCCAGUGCUACCUCUAAGAAGGCUACUGCCAAGAAGGGAGAUGCAAAGGCUAAGGCUGCUGCCAGCAAGAGUGACGCCGAUGACGCUGAUGUUGAGGAUGCCGAGGAGGAGUCUGCUGACGCCAUGAAGGAUGAAGCUGGUAAAGCCCCCAAUGCUUCUUGUUUCGUUGUUAUCUAUUCCCGACCAGAUCAAGUAGAGACCGGAGUUACAACUGCCAUCGACUUUGUCCCUGAAGUUGGUCAAUCGGCUAUGGGAACUUCGUCUGUCCAUUCUGCCGAAGCCACACAUGGGCAGUCUGUCAAUGGAAGCUCCACUACCAAUGAUAGCGUCUCUCCAUCUGGUCAGUUGGCUGCUGAACCUUCAUCUGCCAAUCCUCCCACCCGUCCAACUGAAGAGCCUCUCACCGUCGCUACAAGUGUUGCAGUCGAUGCUCUGGCAUACUUCGUCAACGAAGUCUUGUACAUGAACAUCAACGGUUACGAUUAUCCCUACCGCAACCAAGACAUCCUCGACGCCCAGUCUCACGGUAUCGCACUCGAGCAGUGGGUCCUCUGGAAGUUCGAGAACGGCGUUGAUCGUGCUGCGCUCUGCGGCUGA